AUGCAAUUUGUUACUGUGAUAGACCUGGCGGGAAAUCACUUAAGCGGCGAGAUCCCUGCGAGCCUUGGGAGCUGCGUGGAGCUGCUGCAACUGAAUCUUUCAAACAUUCAAUUCAGUGGUCGAAUUUCGCAAACAUUGGGCACGCUUAUUACUCUUACAAACUUGGAUCUCUCUUUCAACAAUUUAUCUGGUCCCAUACCAAGUUACCUUGGCGACAUGGCAACUCUCCUGUUUCUGAAUCUUUCUUAUAACCAUCUCUCUAGUCCUAUUCCUACCUGGGCUGCCUUCAGAAAUCGGUCAGCCAUCGCUUUAAAUGGGAAUUCUGAUAUGUGUAGUGUAGAAUGCCUGAAACCCUCAGCUCAAUCCUCCAGUGGUCUCUCAAACCGAUCCAAGUUCCUUAUUAUCGUGGGAUCGUUUUCUUUUGGAGCUCUUGUUCUAACAGCCAUGGUGUACUUGUAUGUUCACAGGAGAAAGAAGAGUAAGCAUAUGGACCCAGGACAAAGGGAUUUGUUCCUUGAACAAGAAAGAGUCAAAUUAAGUCACAGCGAGCUGUUCCAUGCGACUUCAGAGUUUAGCAAUACAAACAUAAUCAGCUCCGGCAGAAUGGCGACAGUGUAUAACGGUAGGCUAAAUAUAUGGGGCAGGGAACAAACUGUAGCUGUGAAGAGGUUUAAAGACGAAAUCGCCGGCAGUGUCACGGUGACGGAGAGCCUGAUUGCUGAAAUUCGAGCACUGGCCUUGACUAAGCAUCGCAACCUAGUUCAUUUGUUGGGGUACUGCUGGGCUUCAAGGGCCAUGGUUUUGGUAAUGGAGAUGAUGCCGAAUCGAACCUUGACCGAUCAUAUUCAAGAAGAGACUCUGUGCUGGAGCGUGUGCUUGAGAAUCGCACAAGGCGUGGCUGAGGGAUUGAAGUACCUUCAUCCUGAAUGUUCGCAGCCAGCUUUACACUGCGAUUUAAAACUGUCGAACAUCUUGCUGGACAUGGACUUCGAGCCCGGAAUUGCCGAUUUCGGGAUUUCCAGAAUCCUCAACUACGAUGACAUGAGUCAUGGAUUCAGCACCUCCAACUUGCAAGGAUCCAUCGGCUACAUGCCACCAGACGCCUUUUUUAUCAAAUUCUCUUCUGAGUAUGCAUUAAGUGGGAGAAUGAUAGCUAGGGGAGAUGUGUACAGCUACGGAGUUGUGAUUUUAGAAAUGAUAUCAAGCCACAAUCCAAUGUCGAAGAUGUUUAGAGAGGAAAACACACUUCCAGAGUGGGCACUGAGGACAUCCGUGGAUGGCACACCAUUUGAAGUAAUUUCUACUCACUUUCAUAUGAUUGAAGGCGCGACAGAAGAGAGUGAGCAACAAAUGAUUAAUAUGAUGCAGCUGGGAUUGGCUUUCACUUCUUCCAGACCUGAAAAUCGCCCGACAAUGAAUGAGGUCAUUAAAAUUCUGGACAGAAUCUCCAACGACAUUACAACAACUAGGUUGGCUUCGCUCAUUCAGCUCAUACAAUCCACUUCUUCUGUUGCUACAGUUUAA